AUGCUGGUUCAAGAAGGGUUUCCCGCCCUCGCUCUAAAACACCCUAGAACUGCUAGAUCUUUGCAACAAUUCCUCUUCAGUAAUCUCCAAAACACCAACACCAUUAGAAAAACCACCCAAAUCCACGCCCAGAUAAUCACCAACGCCUAUACCCAAAGAAAUUUCAUCAUUGUUAAGUUGCUCCAAUCGUAUCUAUCUUCAGGUUAUCUUCAUCAUGCCCGCCAAACUUUUGAACAAAUCAACAACCCUAGCACUACCUCCUGGAAUCAAAUCAUUAGAGGGUAUGCCGGGACUGAUGCCCCUCGUAAAUCAGUCCAUAUUUUUGAUGAAAUGCUGGCAUCAGGAGCAAUGCCAGACGAGUACACUUACUCGUAUGUGAUCAAUGCGUGUGCCCGGGGUAAACUGCUACGAUUGGGAGAGAAGCUUCACGGGAAGGUCUUAGCAGGUGGGUUUUGUUCAAAUCUGUUCGUGCAAACUAAUUUAGUGAAUCUUUAUGCGGUAGCCGGAGAGGGAGACUCUAGUGGAGUGAAGAAUGCACGUAAGGUGUUUGAUGAAAUGGGUGAGAGAAACGUGGUAACCUGGAAUACACUGCUUGCUGGAUAUGUUAAGUGUCGUGACAUUGAUGGUGCAUGUACAGUAUUCGAUAAAAUGCCCGAGAAGAAUAUCGUUUCAUGGACAACAUUAAUUUCAGGAUCUGCACAUAACGGGAGGUGUAAGGAAGCACUAUCUUUGUUACGUGAAAUGCUACAAGCUCAUAUGGAAUUAGAUCAGGUGACUUUAGUCUCUGCUUUAUCUGCUUGUGCAGAAAUCGGUGAUUUGAAAAUGGGGAGAUGGAUCCAUUCUUACAUUGACAGAAGUUGGCACAUCAAGAACAAACAACGCACAGUUCGUUUGAAUAAUUCACUCUUACAUAUGUAUGCUGGUUGUGGUGUUAUUGAUGAUGCAUACAAACUAUUCGCUCAAAUGCCAACAAGAACUACUGUCUCAUGGACAACAAUGAUCUCAGGUUUUGCAAAACAAGGCCAUGGCAAAGACGCGUUAAGUAUCUUCCAAUGGAUGCAAGACUCUCAAGACACAAAAGAUGAUCAUGAUCAUAGUUCACAACCUGAUGCCAUAACCAUGCUAGCUGUCUUACACGCUUGCAGCCAUUCAGGUUUUGUUGAAGAAGGUCGUUAUAUCUUCAAAAACAUGAAACCCAUUUGGGGAAUUGAGCCAAAAAUCGAGCAUUAUGGUUGCAUGGUUGAUCUGUUAAGUCGUGCUGGAUUUUUAGAUGAAGCACAUAAGCUUGUGGAAUCCAUGCCCAUGGAGCCAAAUGAUGCAAUCUGGGGUGCUUUACUUGGUGGUUGUAGAAUUCACAAGAAUGUGGAUCUUGCUUCCAAAAUUGGUGAAAAGAUUGGUGAUUUGAAUCUUGAAGAUGAUAAAGCUGUUGCUUAUUUAGUACUAUUAUCAAAUGUAUAUGCUGGUGCUAAGAGGUGGAAAGAUGUUGCAAAUGUGAGGGAGUAUAUGGUUAAAAUGGCACUUAAGAAGCCUCCUGGAAGAAGUUGGAUACAGAUUGAUGGAUCAGUUCAUGAGUUUUUGGCAGGUGAUAAGCAUGAUGUGUCUUUGAUUUAUGAGAUGCUUCUUUUAGUCACCAUGGAAGCAGGGUUAACUGGAUACAUGCCUGAUGUUUAUGAGUCAGCUCAAUCUUAUAUCACUCAAUAG